CUGAAAAAAUCAUGAACGUCCUGCAGGGACUGGGCAGAAUUGCUCACCAAUCGAUCCGAAGAACCAUCUGCACAUCCCUGAUACGCCGGUCAACGUACGAAAGUGAUGGCAAAACGUCCGUGACGAUCCUAAACAAGGAAGCAGACGCUGGGCUAAUGAUCAACUCGUACAGUCAGUAUGGGUUCCGGCUUAACAAUGAUAUGGUAGUGAUUGGGCCGAUGGCUAUCUUCUCCCGCACCGUACUAUCGUGGAACGUUGAAAGCUACGAGGACAUAAACGACGAAUCGCUAAGCUUGUUCUGUGCGAUUGAACCAAAAAUUGAUGUCCUGGUGGUGGGAAUCGGGGAUCACACGAUAACGCCCGGAUUCUCUAAGAAGAUUGUUGAUUUUAUGAAGCGGUACAAGAUUAACGUUGAAGUGCUCGGUACGGAGCAGGCCUGUUCGACGUUCAAUUUUCUGAAUGCGGAAAAUCGCGUCGUUGCUGCAGCAUUGAUUCCUCCCAUGACAAUACGCGUGAACGAGGACGAUCUGAUGCGCAAACAGAUACAGGUCAGUCGAUCGUUUGAGGUGGCCGACAAAUAG